CUCUCAGUUGACGCAGUUCUGAAACGGCUGUUGAAAGUCAAACAAGUGUUUUCGAACGGAAUAGAUACCGAUUACUAAACGUUAGAGAACUGUCAUUAGUCAUAGUAGAUAUUUAUUUGUUAGUGAAAUUGAAUUUUUCUUAGUAUAAAAACUUUUAUAAAUCGAAAUUUUAAAGUGAUUAGUGGUUUUUUUUCUCGUAUUUAUUAACAAACUUUACAUUUACUUUAUCAGAAAGUUUUAAGAGGUGCUAAAUAUUUAGUUGGUUGUCUUUUUCUAGUGCUAAAAAGUAAAGUGAAACUAAAAUUUAUAAUGAAUCAAAAUGUUGUCAAGGGCGACAAUGAACAUUUAAUAUUAGAGUUACUUUCCUACAUCGUUUGAAGUUAUAGUGUGAAGUCUACUUGCGCGUGGCUAUCGAGUCAAUCAAAAGCGGGCAUGACCUUCUAAAUGAAGCAGUCAUAUUCAGGAGACAUUAUGCUAUGUUUCGUAGAAGGUUUUGGUAACGCCAUCGAACGAGGAUAUAACAAGAGCCGUGAACUGAGUGAAAGUGAUCUUUCUGAAGCGAACAUAGCUUUGAAAUCUAAGAAGAAUUCAAAGAGAGUGUCUAUAAAUUCAGGAACUAGUGCUGAAAGUCUAAGCGAAGAAGUGGAAUUACGAAGGUCAGGUGGCAAGUCAUUAAGGUUAUCAUCCAGAGAGCGAUUAAAGACUGUUACCGAGUUAAAGAGAAGUUUCAGUGACCGUUUUUCAAUAAUUAAUGAUGCAGGAAAGAAAAAAGCUCCUAAAGGCAUAUUGACCAUAAAAAAGACUUGGUCAACCGGGAACUUCGCUGGGGGCGCUGGAGGCGCGGCGGGCGGCGGGGGUGGCGCCCCGCGCUCCGCGCCCGCCACGCCGCUGCAACUGGAGCCCCACCCCAGACAUUCCUCACACAAGCACGACAAGCAUGUAGUGAAGCCGCUGUCAGGUUCCGCGCCGUCGGUUCGCGUAUCGGCGCUCGGACCGCUGGAGGAUGGCGCGGGGCGUGGUGCGGUGGGUGCGACGGGCGCGUCGGACGGCAAACCGCCCGGCAAAGCGCGACAAAAGAAGUUCCAGCGACACUUUCCGCAAGUGGGGCCCGACGAGCGUGUACUCAAUUAUUAUUCAUGCGCUCUAGUCGGUGAUCUCUUGCUUCAAGGUCACCUCUACAUCACCAAGAACUACUUCGCCUUCUACUCAAACGUGUUCGGAUAUGUCACUAAGUUGCUGAUCCCGACAACGUCAGUGUUGCGCAUCACGAAGGAGAAGGUGGCGCGCAUAAUUCCGAACGCGGUGGGCGUGUGCACGCGCGACGAGCGGCACGUGUUCGGUUCGCUGCUGUCGCGCGACACCACGUACAAGCUGAUGACGCACGUGUGGAAGGCCGCGCGCCUCCCCGAGCUCGCCGUGCCCCCGCCUCAGGAAUUAAGAUCUUCGGAAGUAGAGUUGGAAGCUUCGGAGUACUCGCCCGAGGAUGACAGCAGCUCGGUGGGCGCGGAUCAAACGGACGCGCCCACGAGGGACCCCGCAGACCCCCUCAUAACCUCAGGUGGUGUGGGCGGAGUGGGCGGGGCGGUGGGCGUGGGUGUGGGCGCGGCGGUGAUCCAGCCGGCGCUGCUGACGGGCGGCGCGAGUGCACGGGGCGGGGCGCGCGGCUGGCAGGCGGCGCUCGCCUUCGCGGCCGCACUGCUCGCGCUCUCCGCCGCAUACCUCGCAUACAGACUGGCUCAUGCAGAGGAGCCGGCGCGGCUGGCAUCGGGCGGGCAGCUGUACGCGGCGCUGGUGGCCUGGCGCUCGCGUCUGCACGGCCGAGCUGCUGACGAGCUGCACGCCUUCCUCUCCACCAACCUGCUACUGCUUGCCAGGGUGCGACAGUCCCUGGAGACUCUGUCGGGGGUGAUUCUGACGGACAUGGGACACGACGUGCCCAACGACACCGCAUUCAGUUAGCGCACGCCUCUCUCCGCCCCCCGGCCCCGCCCUUAGCCCCGCCCCCAGCCACGCCCCGCACGGACAUAGUCCUAUGUACUUUAGUUGCAUACCAAUGCUGUUGUGGUGUUACUUGUACAGUUAUAAGAUUUAUAUUCAAGUCGAAAGUCGAUCCGGGGUUACUGAUUUUUGUGAUUCAAUUAUCUUUAAGUCAAAAAAUAAAACAGACGAGUACAAAAUAACGGUCAAACAAGCAGUUUUAAAUGCAUCUACCUCUAGAAAGAGAUAAUUAGUUAAUUUUGGCUUGUACCGUGCUGUGUGUGACAGAGACAACGCUAUAUGAAACUGAGUAAUGUCUCUUUCUAAUGGUUGUUACUAGUAUUUGUCGGAAUCACAUUUAAUAACAAGGCUAAAGCUGUUGAUAAUCUUGUAUCUCGUGCCCGGAUCUGACAUCGAUAAAUAUACGCAUUUAUUUUUGUUAUUCCGCUCGUCAUUAGCUAUUUAAAAAUCAUAAAUACCUUUAUUUGAUUAGAGGGAAAUGGUUAUAGUUUUAAAAAUAUAGUCCUUAUUUUAAUACCCAAAGAUAUUCGGCAUUUGGUGCGAUGUGACGUCACUGUGCACUGAAUGCUCAGGAAAGUGCCUCUGAGGCAUUUAGUAUUUGUGUUAAACACAAUAUAGGAUAAAUGGUGGAUGGGUGACCGUGUAAAUCUGUUCUAGUGUCUAUUAUUCUCAUUGUAAAAUAAGUAUCUAAGUUUAUUUACGUCGCGAGUAAAUCAACUGAAUUCAUUCCAA